AAAAUAAAAGAGAGAGAGAGUAGAGUAGAGAGUUGAAAUAAAUCCAAGUUAGUAAGUGAGCUGGCAACAUUUUCUCUUAGUCGUUGAGGUUUUCGGUCGAAAAUGGGUCGUGUUAGAACUAAGACUGUGAAAAAAGCAUCUAGGGUUAUAAUUGAGAAAUAUUAUACCCGACUGACUUUAGAUUUUCAUACAAACAAGAGAAUAUGUGAAGAAAUAGCCAUCAUUCCCAGCAAGAAGCUUAGAAACAAGAUUGCAGGUUUUGUUACUCAUUUAAUGAAGAGAAUGCAGCGAGGACCUGUGAGAGGUAUUUCUACUAAACUUCAAGAAGAAGAAAGAGAGAGAAGGGAUAAUUAUGUUCCUGAGGUAUCGGCUAUCGAUUUGGAUGUGGUGGAAGUCGAUCCCGACACCAAUGAAAUGUUAAAACAAAUGGAUAUGACCAACAUCCCGGGAUUGCAGAUGACGUCUCUUUUACCUUUUCCUGGAGCUCCACGUGUAUAAAGAAGUGUCAAAAUAAAAAAUACAUGUGAACUACA